UCGAUUUGUGCGUUCUAUCGGGCACACAAGAACACAAAAACGGAACGACACGUAAACGUCACCAAAAAUUAGCAAACAAAUUCUUUAUUCAUUACGAUUAUUGAAACAUGUGCUACUAAAAACGAGCCUAGAUUCGUUGGAGGCAUCGCGGAACAGUGGUUGCGACUCUGUGAAAACUUGGGUGUGUGGCAACUGGAAAAACAUAUGCGAAGGCCGAGAAAAAGAAGUGAAGAGGAGCAGCCCCACAGCAAUUUGGCAUAGCGAAUUUCUUUGGUGGAAGCCGUUGAAGAGCCGUAGGAACAGACCCGGAGUCAGACGCAAUGUCGCUGCCGGGCAAUGGAAUCUACGUGGUGCGGGGUGAAAUGGCCACCCUGAUGACGGCCAUGCGACGUGGAACCCGCUGGAAUGCGACCGCAUACGUGAACGAGGAGAAGGACUCUUUGUUGAAGCUGUUCCUUGACCUCAAGCAGGAACUUAACAGAGUAGAGGACUUGCGACUAAUUGAUGCUCAGGUAUUCCUGGCUCCCUUUUUAGAAGUGAUUCGAACGGCAGACACCACAGGGCCAUUGACUAGUCUAGCCUUGGCCUCGGUUAAUAAGUUCUUGUCCUAUGGUCUCAUUGAUCCCACCACUCCGAACCUUUCCGAUAUUGUGGAGCGCAUUGCUGACGCCGUUACCCAUGCCCGUUUCAUGGGAACAGAUCAGUCUUCGGACAGUGUAACCUUUAUGCGGGUAAUUGAGGUACUGCACACACUCAUUCGAAGUCCCGAAGGUGCUGCUCUGAGCAAUGACACCAUGUGUGAUGUUAUGCUCAGCUGCUUCAAGAUCUGUUUUGAAACCAGGCUAAGUGAAAUGUUACGGCGGUCAGCCGAGCAGUCGCUUAAAGAUAUGGUCCUGCUUUUCUUUAUGAGACUCCCUCAGUUUACAGAGGAGCGUAGCGACGCAGUUCUCCAAAAAAGAUUCACAAUCUUAGAUGCGGCCAGUGGAGCUGCGCAGGAGAGGCAAAAGCGCAAGGUGCCGCAAGCCUCUGUUCAAGCUCCCCCAAGGAAAUCCUCAUCAGUAGAAGAGCCGCCACAGACCCCACAACCCGUCAGUAACCUAACUGUGCCUGGCCAUCUAAAGGCUCCGAUAUUGGCUACCACUCCCGCUAGUCCAGCUGGCACUAUUCUCGACAUGCAGGGAAAAAUCACCCAAACGCCAACCACUACAGCAAGUGCUGGAGCAGGCUCAGAGGAAUCUGAGACCACAGAUGCACCAGCCAUUCAAGUAGAGCAUGCAGAUUCGGAACAGUUGACAGAAGCAGAGCCCGGAGAGUCGACAAGUUUGCUUACCGAGACUAGCAGCAGUGAAUACAUAAAUUCGGUGGGUGUGCGAUUUACACAACAAUCUAGCGAGCAUGACACUGCUUCCCUUUCGCCCUAUGGCUUACCGUUUAUCCGGGAGCUUUUCCGUUUUCUAACCAUCCUGUGCAACCCACUGGACAAGCAAAAUACUGACAGUAUGAUGCACACUGGUCUGAGUCUGCUCACUGUAGCUUUCGAAGUUGCUGCUGACAAUAUUGGAAAGUACGAGGGUUUGCUGGAAUUAGUAAAAGACGAUUUGUGCAGGAAUUUAAUCUCGCUUCUAAGCUCAGAGCGUCUGAGUAUCUUUGCGGCCGAUUUGCAGCUUUGUUUUCUGCUCUUUGAGUCCCUGCGAGGUCAUUUAAAGUUCCAGCUGGAGGCCUACCUCAAGAAGCUCAGCGAAAUUAUUGCAAGCGACAAUCCGAAGACUCCGUACGAGAUGCGUGAAUUAGCACUCGACAAUCUGCUGCAGCUUUGGCGUAUUCCUGGUUUUGUCACUGAGCUUUAUAUCAACUAUGAUUGCGAUUUAUAUUGCACCGAUAUGUUUGAGAGCCUCACGAAUCUGCUAAGCAAGUAUACACUGUCGGCUACCAAUGCCGUAUACAGCACGCACAUCAUCUCGAUGGAUACGCUGAUAAGUGUUAUUGAUAGCAUUGAGCGUAAUUGUGUGGCGUCUAAAAGUAGCGGAGUUAACAAGGAAUUCCCACAAGAAAGUACCCCAACAUCUGGUGGCAGUCGUCACUCACGGCACAACAGUGGACUAGAGGGCAUAGUCAUUGAUUCCGGAGGCAGCGCAAUAACGGAGGAACCAGUCGAAAAUAUCGCCAGCUUUAUAAAUAGCAGCUCGCAACGCUUGCGUCUUCAAUCCGUAGGUGAUGCUUUGGGCAUAACCUCCGAGCAGCUGGCCAAUGUUAAACAAAAGAAGAGAUUGCUGUCGCAGGGCACCGAGCGGUUUAAUAAUCGCCCGGAGAAGGGCAUACAGUAUCUGCAGGAACACGGCAUCCUAAACGCCGAUUUGGAUCCCAUGCAAGUAGCCCUGUUUUUACGCGAAAAUCCCGGCCUAGACAAGAAGAUGAUUGGGGAGUACAUCUCGAAAAAGAAAAACGUGGACUCCAAAAUCUUGAUUAACUUUGUAGACUCGUUUGAUUUCACUGGCCUUCGAGUGGAUCAAGCAUUGCGUCUCUACUUGGAAACCUUUCGAUUGCCAGGAGAGGCACCUUUGAUAUUUUUAGUUUUGGAACAUUUCUCCGAUCACUGGCAUUUACAAAACAAAGAACCGUUUGCCAAUGUAGACGCCGCCUUUCGUUUGGCGUACGCCAUCAUCAUGUUAAACAUGGACCAGCAUAACUCAAAUGCCAAACGCCUAAAUGUACCAAUGACGCUGGAGGACUUUACAAAGAAUUUGCGCGGCCUGAAUGGAGGGAAUGAUUUUGAUCAAGAAAUGCUGACUCAAGUCUUCAACGCCAUAAAGAACGAAGAGAUCGUAAUGCCGGCAGAGCAAACUGGUCUGGUGCGAGAAAACUACUUGUGGAAGGUGCUGCUUCGACGAGGAGACACCCAUGAUGGGCACUUCCACUACGUCCAUGAUGCUUCCUACGACGUAGAAAUCUUCAACAUUGUGUGGGGCGCUUCGCUUAGCGCACUUAGCUUUAUGUUUGACAAAAGCACUGAAUCCGGAUACCAGAAGACACUGGCGGGUUUCAGUAAAUCCGCGGCCAUUUCGGCACAUUAUAAUUUACAUGCGGACUUUGAUGCUCUGGUGUUGACCCUCUGCAAGUUCACCACGCUGCUGAGCAGCGUUGAGCAGAACGAGGUGGCCCCGGCGAACAAUGAAAUCCAGCAGGCGGUGAACUUUGGAUUAAAUGAUAAAGCUCAGGCUGCAAUUAAAACUGUGUUCCUGUUGGUUCACGAUUAUGGCGAUUGUCUGCGAGAGAGUUGGAAACAUAUCCUUGACCUAUUUCUGCAGCUUUUCCGUUUAAAACUCCUGCCCAAGUCGCUAAUUGAAGUGGAAGAUUUCUGCGAGGCAAAUGGAAAGGCUUUGUUGAUUUUGGAAAAACCGCGUGAGAAGCAGGAAUCUGGAUUGUUCUCCAGCCUUUACUCGUUUAUCAGCUCUGAGGGGCAGCGAGAGCCCAACUAUGAGGAGCAGGACUACAUUAAGCACGGCCGAAAGUGCAUCAAGGAAUGUCAGCUAGACCAAAUGCUGCAGGAGUCCAAAUUUGUGCAGCUGGAGUCUUUACAGGAACUGAUUAAGUGUGUUCUGGGACUGAUUAAGGCGCCUCAGGGUCACAAAUCAAUUGGAUUACCAUAUGCUGAAGAUCAGACCGUCUUCUGGAUGGAAUUCCUUGUUAAGAUUGUGGUGCACAAUCGAGAUCGCAUGAUUCCCCUGUGGCCUGCUGUUCGAGACCAAAUGUACCUGCUCCUCAUGGGCAGUGCUUCCUGUGGCUACGACUACUUGCUAAAUCGCUGCAUUGUAGCUGUGCUCAAGCUGGCCAUCUAUUUAAUGCGCAACGAGGAGUUGUGUCCGAUUGUGCUUCAGUCACUUAAGAUGAUGUUGAUGCUGAAGCCUGCUCUACUACUUCGCAUAUCGAAGCAGAUAUCUAUUGGAGUUUACGAACUGCUUAAGACGUCGGCUCAGAAUAUUCACUCAGAGCAGGAUUGGCAAAUCAUAUUUAACCUUCUGGAAUGCGUUGGGGCGGGAGCUGUUCCCCCCAGCUACGAUGAUGCACAGCUGCCUCUGCCGCUCAACGGUUGUACAAAGUCAGAUGGUGCCCUUAGUGGCGAGGAAGACACAUCACCUGCUCCAGAACGUGGCUAUACAUCCGAUUCGGAGUUAACAAAGACUUCCGGUACACCUGCAGCCUCGAGCCCUAGUGCUGAAAACUGGAUUUUGGUGAGCAACAAGGAUAGCGAACUUACUACGGCAUCCAGACCACAAUCGCCACCCAGCUCUAGCGGUCCUCCAAUCAGCACGCUUGUCUACAAUUGCCAGCUUUUGGAUCACGCCCCAUUUGCUCUUUUCAAGUGCUGGGAUUCUCUGGCUUUCAUCGUCCGGAGUGUGGCCCAUAUCACGCCCUACAACUUCGAGGCAUGCGUGCGUUGCAUUCGCAUUUUUGUAGAGGCUUGUCGUGACGGAGGAAUCCGUCAACGCCGAAAACUUGAAGCGGCUGGAAAGCAGAGAACUUCGAAGAAGCGCAUCGAUCGUAAGCUCGGCAUGGCCCCCUCUUCAUCUAGCAGUAAUCUUACCCUGCUAUCUGGCGAUCUGGCUGACAACUUAGGAAAUGUAAAUGCGGCGGAACAAGAGGAGCUAGCUCAGCGCUAUGAGCAGCUGUCCAUACAGUUACUAGAUUUGAUGUACACACUGUACACGCGAACUGCUCAGAUAUUCCGUUGGUGGGCGGAGGAGGGCUGCACUGUGCCCCAGUCAGCAGCUUUGUGGGCACCAGGCUGGUGUCCCCUGCUCCAAGGCAUUGCAAGAUUAGCCAUGGAUAGGCGGCGGGAGGUGCGAACACAUGCCAUCUCCUGUCUGCAGCAACGGGCGUUGCUGGUUCAUGAUUUGCAGACGCUAUCUGGCACGGAAUGGUGUUCCUGCUUUCAUCAGGUGCUGUUCCCACUGCUAAACGAACUGUUGCCAGAAAGCAGCGCCUCCAUCCAACUUGAUUCUGCAUUACUCGAAGAGUCACGGAUACGCACCGCGACCAUCAUGUCGAAAGUGUUUCUGCAACACCUUACCACGCUCAUCGAACUCGGAAACACCUUCAACGAACUGUGGUUGGACAUUCUGGACUACAUUGAGCGCUUUAUGAAAGUCGGAUCUGAUACGCUGUCGGAACAGAUGCAGGAAAUCUUGAAAAACAUGUUACUGGUGAUGCACUCGGUGCGGGUGUUUCACAAUCAAGACGGAAGUCUACACCAGGCCCUGUGGGAGCUUACCUGGCGGCGUAUUGGAGAAUUUCUGCCCAACCUAAAGGAGGAACUUUUCCGUGAUGAAGGAAAACGAGCUCAGACCCUAACAAACCCAGCGGCCAUUGCUGCUGUUGCUUUCAACCCACAGCAGGAAGUUCCCUCAGUGGCCAUCUUGCCCAGCCCGGUGCAACAGCAGACGCCGGUUUUAGCUAACGAGUUGGUAGUGAGUGCAGAUACCUCAGGAAGGGCCACACCCUCUUCGGUGUCGCCGGUGGAAUCACCAAGGCGGAGUAUUAUCUUGCAACCUCCCAUGGCGGAGGCAUUGCAGCAAGCACCCAGUUUCAUAUUUGCUCAGCCUAUGAUUGUGCCGCCACAACCACCGGCGACCACGGAGACGCAGUCAAGUGCACUGCUGCCUGAUUUGGUAAAUGAGGCUUCAGCUGCUACUGUGCAGGCCGGCCCUUCUUCUCCUGUUCUUAGCCCACACCCAGAAGAGCAGCCAGUUGCUAUUGUCCAGCAAACGAAUAUUGUAACUACCAACAAUACGUACAACAGUUACGCCAUAGAGUUGCCUGCGACACCGGAAGUCACUGCCGAGCAGUUGGACCAACAGCAGCAACAGCAAUCGCUCUACCAGCAGUACUAUCAGCAGUAUCAAGCUCAGCAGCUUCAGUUGCAACAGCAGCAGCAACAACAAUUGCAACAACAGCAACAGUUGUCAGCUCCCUCUAGCGAUCCUGCCAAUAAUGUGCCAAUCAGCCAUCUUCUGGCUGGAAAUGCUUACCCAUCGCUGUCAAAAAUGCCCCAGCCAUCCAUUGUGCACAGCUUUGCACCAGUUUACGAGACCCCGGCGGUGGUCAGUGGGGCAGCGCCAACAGCCGAUAUAUACCAAGAAUACGUUCAGAAUCCGUAUAACCUUACGCUGCAACAGAACCUUCAGCAGAAUCCCCAGCAGCAACAGUCCCAGACCCCAGCCAACUACUUUAACGUAAGCGUAGAUCCCAGCAACAUCCCGCCGGGAUCGGAGCUUCUCUAUGGCCAGCAGUGACGCAUUGAGAAGGACUAAAGGAGCAAGAAAAUUUCAAGUCACCUGACCGGAUUAUUUUAUGUCUUGUUUUGUAGUCCAUGGGUUAUAUUCUUAGUUAAUAAUAUAAAAUGGUGUCAAUUUGUUUAUUGUUAUUUAUGCCUUCUCCCUCAACUAUUAAGAAAUGUGGAAGUACAUUCCCGGCCGAGUCUUUUAUGCUAUGAACUAUAUUAAAAAAUCUGUAUGCAAUUUUGAGAACCCCCUAUAAGCUUUAGUAACGAAAAUAGUUUAAUUUAUAAUAAAUAUAUAAGUAUAUCUUCUGUAUGUUAUAAAAAGAGGCAACUGUAAAUAAUCAAAGUUAUAAAUAUAUCAAACAAAUUAUGCACAUAUGUAAUAAA